GAGCGCGCUCGAUCUCUUAACACACGGGGUACACUUUGUGUUGUUGCGUGUGCACAAGGGCCUGGUGGUGGCUGCUGCUGCUGCUGCAGUAGAUAGUUGAUAGUGCCAUGGCGGGUUUACAAUGGGAGACUGCGGAAGAGGCGGCAGCUGGUCAAAGGCACUUCGAGGGGCGGAGAUGGAGGUGCGAUUGCUGCUGAGGACGGCGCUGGCUGUCACGCUGCUCGCCAGUCUCUCCCUCGCCCAGCAAGAAUCCCACAACGAGUGUUUGUCGCGUAACGCCAAGUCGUGCGGGGAGUGCAUCCAGGUCGGCAGCCGCUGCGCCUGGUGCACCAUGUCCAACUUCACCGGCGUCGGGGAGUCGAACUCGGCGCGCUGCGAUUACGCGGAGAACCUGAAGGAGCGAAGGUGCGACGAGCGGCACGUGGAGAGCCCCAGGGGCGAGGUGCGCGUGCUGCGCAACACGCCCGUCAGCGACCAGGGCACGAAGCUGCCGCCAGAGAACAUCACCCAGCUGGCGCCGCAGCACGUCCGGCUCACGCUCCGAGCAGGCCAGCCGCAGAAAUUCAACCUGACGUUCAAGAGGGCGGCCGACUACCCGGUGGACCUCUACUACCUGAUGGACCUCUCCUACUCCAUGAACGACGACCUGGAGAACGUCAAGAAGCUGGGCACGGAACUGCAGCAGCGCAUGAAGGAGAUCACGAGCGAGUUCCGCAUCGGCUUCGGCUCGUUCGUGGACAAGACGGUGAUGCCGUACAUCAGCACGACGCCCAAGAAGAUGCGCAAGCCGUGCAGCACGGGCCCCGACGAGGUGUGCACCGAACCGUUCAGCUACCGCAACGUGCUGCCGCUCACCAACAACGGCAGCCAGUUCAACGAGCUCGUGAGCCAGCAGAAGAUCUCGGGCAACCUCGACUCGCCCGAGGGCGGCUUCGACGCCAUGAUGCAGGCCGCCGUCUGCGUGAACGAGAUCAAGUGGCGGAACGUGACCCGGCUGCUCGUCUUCUCCACGGACGCCGGCUUCCACUUUGCGGGCGACGGGAAGCUGGGGGGCAUCGUUCUGCCCAACGACGGGAACUGCCACCUGGACCCGCAGGGCGUCUACUACACCAAGAGCAACUACUACGACUACCCGUCGGUGGCGCACCUCAUCCAGAAGCUCAGCGAGAACAACAUCCAGCCCAUCUUCGCAGUCACCAAAGACUUCUACAGCGUCUACCAGGAGCUGAGCAACCUCAUCCCAAAGUCGGCUGUGGGGGAGCUCUCCAACACGUCAUCCAACAUCAUCCAGCUCAUCAUCGAGGCCUACAAGGCGCUCUCCUCGGAGGUGAUUCUGGAGCACACGAAGCCGCCCGGCGGCGUCGCCGUGAGCUACACCAGCCACUGCAAAGACGGCAGCGUGCAGACGGGGGACGACGGAAACAAGUGCUCCAACAUCCAGAUCGGUGACGAGGUGACGUUCAGCAUCGAGGUGGCGGCCACGGGCUGCCCUAACGACGGGAAGGAGACGCAGAUCCAGCUGCGCUCGCUUGGCUUCAACGAGAAGGUGCUGGUGUCGCUGCGCUUCGUGUGCGAGUGCGAGUGCCACUCGACCGGCAUCGCCAACAGCGCAGACUGCAACCACGGCAACGGCACGCUGGAGUGUGGCGCCUGCAGGUGCAACGAGGGCCGCAUCGGGCGUCUGUGCGAGUGCAGCACGGACGAGGUGAACUCGGAGGACAUCUGGGCGUCGUGCAAGCGCGACAACUCGUCAGCGGUGGUGUGCAGCGGGCGUGGCGACUGCGUGUGCGGCGAGUGCGUGUGCAACAAGCGCGACAACGCCAACGAGCUGGUGUCCGGCCCGCUGUGCGAGUGUGACAACUUCUCCUGCGACCGCUCCAGCGGCGUCAUGUGCGGAGGCCACGGCAAGUGCGAGUGCGGCAAGUGCGUGUGUGAGAGCAACUUCACGGGCAACGCGUGCGACUGCCCGACCAGCAAGAAGGCGUGCCAGGCGAGCAACGGGCAGGAGUGCAACGGGCGCGGGCAGUGCGUGUGCGGGGAUUGCAAGUGCAACGACAGCAAGUACCAGGGCGCCACCUGCGAGGUGUGCCCCACCUGCCCGGGCGCCUGCGACGAGCACAAGGACUGCGUGCAGUGCAAGGUGUUCAAGAAGGGGCCGAAGGCGGCGGUCUGCGAAGAGCGGUGCCGCACCCUCAACGUGGUGUCCAUGGCUCAGCUGAAGCAGCCGGGGGAGCUGGACUCGCUCAUGCACUGCAAGGCGAAGGACGAAGACGACUGCUGGUUCUUCUUCACGUUCACGCUCGACAAGCUCGGGAGUCCGCUCGUCGAGGUGCAGGAGAAGAGAGAGUGCCCCACGGAGCCGAACAUCUUGGCGAUCAUCGCGGGCGUGGUGGCGGGCAUCGUGCUCAUCGGCCUCGCGCUGCUGCUGAUCUGGAAGCUGCUCAUGACGAUCCACGACCGGCGGGAGUUCGCCAAGUUCGAGAAGGAGAAGGCCAACGCCAAGUGGGACUCGGGAGAGAAUCCGAUCUACAGGAGCGCCGUGACCACCGUGGUGAACCCCAAGUACGAAGGGAAGUGAGCGCUCGGACUCGGCGAGGCGGCGGGGCCCCUGGGACCGCCGGCCCUCUCGCCGACCGCUCCACCCUCCUCACUCUCUCCACCCCUCCCCUCGCACCCCCCCCCCCGCCUCCCCGUGUUGAACUCAUCCUCUCCCUUGUUACUUCAGAAUCUGUAGUUAGACCGGAGGAGGAGUGAGCGAGCUACUUGGCUCUCUUGCUCCCCCUUCUCGUCGCUCUCUCCCUCAUUCCUCCUGGCUGUCUCUCGCAACCCCUCCCCGUCCCCUCCCCUUCCCCUUUCUUCAUCGUCCAACGCACGAACCUUCUCGCACGCUCACCUCUGACCUUUGGCCGCACCUUGUAGGCUGGGGUGCGUCCCACUCCCCGGCCGUGGAGAUGUCCGUCGCUUCGCCCCCCCACCCCCCCUUCCUAUGCAACCGUCGUCGCUCGUAACGUCCGUUAUGUGUUUUUUUUAAGAAUCGUGUAAAAUAAUGAAAAAAAUGACCACGCGCGGUUGUGGGUCAAGUCACCUGUAAUGAACACUAGCACUGCUCAAGUGAGUUUCGUGCCACUUUCCCGCGGGCGUUUAUUGGCUGCCAGGGUGAUUUAAAUGUUGUUUUUUUUAACACGUAUCGGUGGGUUAGAACUUUUUGUUAAACGUUGAAGGUAAAGGCGCAGCCUUGCAGCGUGCCUGCUCGUGGCACUGCCGGCGGAAGUGAGCGUCCACUUUGAGACCUCCAGAGAGAGAAUCUCCCCACCCCACACCCUGCCCCCUCUGUAGAGGCUUGUUGUUGGCCUACUCUUCCACACUGGACAGACGUCUUGCGAAGAGAGGGGGGGGGGAGGCUUUGGUAGGGUCAGUGAAGGGACUAGGCCAGCGUUGUUCACUGGAAUGCUUCGUGGGCCACUGGCAGCCCCUGAUGUGCGGCCUCCCGACAACCACACGAGUGACAACACCCCCCCCCCCCCCCCCCCCCCCAUCAUCAUCGUCAUCAUAGCGCUGCUGCAGUCAAAUCCAACAAUGGUUUUAAACGUGUGGCGGCCCUCCUCACACUGAUGAUGUCUUCUCGGCGAAAGUGGGCCCUCCCUCCCGCCCCUCUGCAAAAUUAGCGAAGAACACUGGUCUAGGCUCUUGGUCACCUUGUCGUGUGGCGGAGAGCGGGGGUGGGUGAACGAGAUGGGGGGGGGGGGGGGAGGGGAGAGGUCUUGGCCGGGCUGUCGGGGACAGAUCGCAGCACCUCUCGCUACCCCCGUGCGGGCAAUGAGAGCGGAGUGAUGCGCCAAAACCUUACAAGAAUCCUUCCCCCUCCCCACCCCCAAGAAGGUAAAUCGUUGCUUUUGAAAUUACAUUUUUACGUAAGCAUUAUUAUUAUUUAAGAAAGCCUGAGGCCAAAAAAAAUAAAAAUGGAAAAUGCAAUUGCUUGCUGUUUUAUGUAAGCACGCCAAACGAAGUGAAAUCCACGGGGUGGGUUUUGUGUUGCGAGCGCAUCGUCGUCGUCGCCGCCGCUUGUGCUGCUGCUGCUGAUGCCAUCCGCGUCGCGUGCACUAAGCCAGCAUUCCCUUUUCACGGUGCCGAGCGGUGAGUAAGAAUUCCCGUUGGGGUUGGCGGGGUGCGAGUGUGGCUGCGGCUGGCGGGCCAUGACGGUGACGGAGACGCCCGUUCCGGCACGACCGACGAGACCUCGUCUUUGAUUCCAGGAGUGUCGGCAGCCCGCCCGCGGUUAGACUAACGUACGUACUUUGAACCGUGCUGGUCGUAGGCGCUGGGAAAGGACAGCGAACGAAGACACGACAACAAGCGGUGUUGGGGGUGCACGCUCGUGUAGCCGUGACGAUGGUCUCGGCCCGCUCGCCAAAGUGACUGCACAGAGCCCUCGUACGGAUCGCGUGGUUUCAGCUCGGCCGUGAAUCCCACCUCCCCGAGAAUGUAACGGAGCCGUUCGCUCUGAUUGCACCGCGACAAAACGCCUCGCUCGCAGCGCGCGCGUGAGAAGGUGGCGGCACUCGCCACCAACUUACCGUGGCGGGGGGGCGGGGGAUGAGAGGCAUUUGGACCGGACCUCAGAAUUAGUUCUGCGUCGUCACCUUCCACGGAGUCCGUUGUCCGGUUUCCCGCGAGGAAGUGGAUUUUUGCCCGUGGCAACGCCGCGGCUUAGAGCCGCGGUGACUUUCAUCGGGGGGGAUGUAAGGAAAAGAGGACGAGAGACGUGCAUUGUAAAGAAUCGUUAUCCGCUCCGACGAUCGUGCGCUCAACUAUCUCGGCGUCUGCAGCUGCGGCUGCGGCAGGAGUUUCUAUGGUUCGACUUUGGUCCCCUCAAGCCGAGCGACCAAGCUGCUAGAUUUGUUUCAUCCGGUUUGCAGGAUUCUCGUGGCUCUGCUUCCGCGGCCGUGCCGCUACCGCUUCUGCGUAGCUCCCCGGCGUCUUGUAGCGUCGUAUUCCUCCUCACACCCCCCGCCGCAUGUCGUUACCACACAGUGCGCCGACGAUCACGCUCGCACGUGCCGGGAUUACUGAUUAUUCAAUUGGCAGGACGCGGAGCGAAACGUCGGACUUGGUGACGGACGACACGCGGCGCGGCGGCGGAGGAGAGGGCUCCCGAGCGCUCGAGGAACUUUUGCCUUAAUUCACGCCCCCCGGUGCAUUAUGGGGGAGGGGGCUUUAGGUUGGGUUCACACGGAGCCAGGUGGUGCGGGCGUGCUCGCGGUCGCAGUGUAACGCCGAGACCACCACCACCACCAUCCUCGUCGCCGUCAUCCCCCUGACGCUAAUAAAAUGAGUACAACAUUGGGUGGCGUUACCGGUGGUCGUUUUAUGGAUGGGGUCUAGUCGACCCCACCCAAGCGCCCACCCCGCCAUGGGAAUGUGGAAUUCUCACCGAGCCCUCGCCAGAAGAUGAAUCCUCUCCCUGCCUUGCUCGUGUUGACACGGGGAGCCCGCUCAUCUCCAAGUUGAAGGCGCAGCCCUGCAAUAGCUUGCUCGUACAACUGCUGCAGGGACGACCUCAACUCGAGCAGGGGGAGGCGGUACUUUUCCACUCUGGCCAGACAAGUUUGGAAUGGGUGCGAGUAGGGGGCGAACUUUAAUUCGGAAGGGGUAAACCUCUGGACCCGCGUGGCUUCACGAAUGCGAUGUCUUAACGCUCACAGCGAAUGCCGCCCCUGCCUGCCUCAUCUCGGUGUGAUGAACCCAGGUUUUGUUGUACAGUGUUUCCAGAUGCAGUGUCUUAAGGUGACGUAAAGCAUCGGAGCUCUACUGCCUUAUCGAUUUCUACUUGAUACAAUUUCAUUCGUGCUUGACGAUUACAAUUUCCAUGGUUGCCAUCAUUCCCACCCGACUUUGUGAAUAACGCAAACCUUUUGUUUGCGACGUUGCAUUUACUCUGGUUUAAGGUGUCUCAUUGUGUGCGCGACUGUGCGUGUGUGGUUUUUAAUUAACGAAAAAAAAAUAUUUGCCAGGAUGCUCGGCAAAAAAAAAAUGCACGCCGCUGAUUCGCAUUGUAAGAUUGUUAUUUUGUUUUCACGAAUUUACUGCUGGGGCUGCGUUCAGCGAUGGGCCGAGAGCGCUCUGCAGUGGCGCUCCUACGCGGCUCUGAUUGGACGGCGCCGAGCAACGGCAUUGUGACGUCACGGACCUGCUCGGCCAAUAAGCCCGCGUGUUGCGUUCGCGCGGGAAGGUUCGGCGCCUCCGAUUGGUUGGCUUUCGACACGCGCCAACCGAGCCGUUGUGAGCGCGAUGGUGCGCCCUGGGCUGCUCACGAAGCCGUGCAAUGGAAAAGCGCCCUGGAGCGCUCUGCCCAACUGAACGCCCCCACCCCCCACCCCCCCCUGUGUUGUUCACGCAAGCCCACGCAGUCCUAGUAACGUACUGUAACACAUGAAAGGUUUUCUUUUUUGGAUUAUUUAAUAAGGAAAAGAAAGUAACGUGAAUAAUAAAAUUGACUUUUUGUAAACACAA